AAGUUUUAGUACGUGUUCCUCCGUGUUUGAAAACAGUUCGUUCGUUAGCUGAUGACAGUGUGGCGCGCGCGCGAGUGUGUGUGAAAAUUUUCUUAUUAGAAUUUACCAAAAAAUACAUAUAUACUUGUAUACGAGAACCCAUUGCGGUUAAUUGCAAUGCUAGUGAGCCCACACAGUGCAUUUUCGAAAAAAUUACAAAGAAUGCAUGAUUGAUACGAAAAACCAGCGAAAAAAGGCCGUAGACACAGAAAAGGAAAAAAUAAAAUAAAAAAAUAUUUAACAAAAAAGUUUAUGAAAUUAAAACAAAUAACCAAUUCCAUGCGUGUUUGCAUGCAAUGCGGCAUUAAAAAUAAACAAAACAACAACAACAACGCGUGCAUAUAUGCAAAUAACGGCAAUUAUAUAUGAUAUUUUUAGCAGCAAGAAUAUGCACUAAAACAACAAAGCGCAACAACUAACAACGAGUGUGGAAAAACUGAAAAAAAAACACAACAACAAGAAAAAAUAAAUAAUAAAAUAAAAGUUAAAGUAGGCAAAUAAAAAUUAUGCUUGCGGCAAUCGAAUGACAAACAACAACUGCAGCCACAACGAAAAUAUUGCAAGCAAACAUACACGAAUUUUGCAAGAAUUCUACGGCACACACACACAAACAUACAUACAUGUGUGUAUAUGCUGUGACAAGUGGCAACAAAAAUUGAGGCAUGCAAAUAAUUUCCAUGCAAUCAAACAAAUAAAUAAAUUCGCUUAUGCGGCAGCAAGAAGGCAAAAAGUAAUACAAAUAAACAACAACAAAAAAGUAGCGCAGCAAUAAGUGCAACGAAUAAGUGUAAAACAGCCGCUGCCGUCAGUCACUUCGUUGCCACACACACAAGCACACACACACAUGUGUCUGCGAAUUCGCGCCUCGCAGCCAGCGCAGCACUGAGGCCCGUUCAUUAAAGGGGAAAGCAAUUUUUAUGGCUCUCGCAUCCUGACACGUUUUGUGUACGGGCCUACACAAAAGAGAUAUCAACGAAAUCGCGUUUUAUUGCAACGCGAAACAAAAGCAGCGCCACCAACGAUAUUAUUUGCUACGGCGUCUGCUACAACAACAAUAACUAAAUAACGAAAAUGUCCAUAUCAAUAAAGCGCACAUAUUUUGCACUUACGUCCCGGCCACGCAGCACUCUUGACAGCUGGAGCACUAACAACAACAGCAGCAGCAAAGACAGCAACUGUAAAUGUGCAACCAGCCAGCGAACACAUCCGCAUAACCAUCAGUGCCACCACAAACACAUUCCACACACCGCACAUUGGUGUUGCACAGCAACGCGCCCCGGCUUUUUCAGCAUACUACUAAUGUCAUUGUUGUUGUUCAGCGCACACUGGCACUCCGCAGAAGCCAAACCGAAGUCGCGUAAAAGUUCCAACAGCCAUCAUAGUAAUGAUGAGAAAUCACCAACCGAAGGUCAACGCUUCGCCAUGGAGCCGCAGGAUCAAACCGCUGUUGUGGGUUCACGUGUUACGCUGCCCUGUCGGGUGAUGGGCAAAAUGGGUGCAUUGCAGUGGACGAAAGAUGAUUUUGGCCUGGGGCAGCAUCGCAAUUUGAGCGGCUUCGAACGCUACUCGAUGGUGGGUAGCGAUGAGGAGGGCGACUUUUCGCUAGAUAUCUAUCCGGUGAUGCUGGACGAUGACGCCAAAUAUCAGUGCCAAGUGGGACCCGGCCCGGCGGGUGAGGCGGGCAUACGUUCGCGUUUCGCCGAAUUGACCGUGCUGGUGCCGCCGGAAGCGCCGAAAAUCACACAGGGUGAAGUUAUAUUCACAACGGAAGACCGCGAGAUUGAGCUGGAGUGCGUGUCGGCCGGUGGCAAGCCAGCGGCUGAGAUCACUUGGAUUGACGGCCUCGGCAAUGUACUCUCCAAAGGCAUCGAAUACGUGAAGGAGCCCUUAUCGGACUCGCGUCGCAUAACGGCCAAGUCGAUUUUAAAACUCGUGCCGAAGAAGGAACACCACAACACGACAUUUACUUGCCAAGCACAGAAUACGGCGGACCGCACUUAUCGCGCCGCCAAAAUACUUAUAGAGGUUAAAUAUGCACCGAAGGUGGUGGUAUCUGUUAUUAGCGGUGCCUUAGCUGGCGGUCGCAUACUGGAAGGCUCCGAGGUUAUUUUGUCCUGUCAAGCGGACGCAAAUCCACCGGCGCAAAGCUAUCGUUGGUUCGUAAAUGAAGAGUUGGUCACUGGUGAUUAUACAACGAAGAUGAUCAUACACAAUGUUACGCGACAGCAUCACGAAGCUUUGGUCAAGUGUGAGGUUGUUAAUGCGGUGGGCAAGAGUGAAGAGACUGAAACUUUGGAUAUCAGCUAUGCACCCAUCUUCAAACAGCGGCCCAUUUCAGUCGAAGCAGAUUUGGGCACGAACGCGAAUUUGCUGUGUGACGUCGAUGGCAACCCGACGCCUGAAAUUGAAUGGAUCAACGAGAACACAGACAAAGUUGUCGCCAACACCGCAAAUCUUAACUUGAAGGUGACCACCGAAACCGCAGGUCGUUAUUACUGUAAGGCUAUAGUAACUGGCUUUCCAGAGAUCGGGGCUGAGGCCACAAUUUACGUUAAGCGUGCACCCAUUAUCACCUCGCAUAAGGUGCAAUUCGGUGCGGUGGGAAGUCGUGCGAAGAUCGACUGUGUGGCAUUUAGUGUGCCUAAAGCCGAGCAGAUCUUAUGGUCAUUCGAUGACAAGUUGAUUAAUAUGAGCACAGCCGAUCCGGAUAUCUAUAUAUUCGAAGAGCAACAUUUACCUGAGGGUGUGCGUGCAGCGCUUAUUAUUAAAGAGAGCCGAUCCAGUCAUUUCGGACGCUACAAUUGCACGGUGAAGAAUUCAUAUGGCAGCGAUUCGUUGUUGAUUAAUUUAAAACCAGAACCGGGUUCGGUGCCUAUACUGCUGGUUGUUAUGGGUUCACUCUCUUCGGUUGCUAUUGUCAUCAUGAUUGUGAUGUUGGUGAUUGUCUAUAUGAAGCGCAAUAACAAGAAGCCCAUACCAGCGGAUGUCAUACCAGAGGCGUCACGUGGAGGCGAUAAACUGUCCGGUCUGAAGCACGAAUUGCGUGCCAAAGCCUACGAUGUGGACUACUCGGAGGCUGGUAGCGACGGUUUAGCGAUCAAUCUCACACAAGCACCAAUGCCAGAUGUUCAAAUGAAGGGCGCCACAUUGGGAGUGCCACUGGCUGGCCCAGUGAAGUUAGACGACAGAUUUUCCGGUGAAUUCAGUUAUAGCCGUCAAUGUCAUAUUAAGAAUUUGAAGAAUCAAGACUACAAAGAGACUGUCAACGGUUAUGCGCCCUACUUUGAAUAUGCGCUCGACUAUAGCGCACCUACCGAGGGUGGCAAGCCCGGCGCUGGUGCCGCUAAUAACGUCAACAAAUCUCAAACCAGCACAAUCAACUCGGCCACCUUGCCGCACUACACAAACCCCGUUACAACGACCGGCAAUCUGAGUUUGCCACGCAAUCGCAACGAUAUGCAGCAACAGCCACAACAGAGCACCGCUCAAAUGGGUAACGGAUUCCUCGCCGGUCAGUCGCUACUGCAGAACGGCAUAGAUAGCCGCUUCAGCGCCAUCUACGGCAACCCCUAUCUGCGCUCGAACUCUUCACUAUUGCCGCCGCUGCCACCACCCAGCACGGCCAAUCCCGCCGCCACACCUGCGCCACCACCCUACCAACGUCAUCAUCACCAUCCCAGCCAACAGCAUGUGAACAUGAACGGCGGCAUCGGUGUGAAUGCGUUGAAGAAUUACAGCGCGGUCACGGCUGGCAUCGGCAUCACGGCAGCCAACAGCAAUGGCGGCGCCGGCAGCAUUAGCGGUAGCAGUUCGAAUUUGACCGCCAGCAGUAAUACGCUUGCGGCCAUGACACCGCUCACACAGGGCGCACCACUCACCACAGCCACACCGGUCACAACAACGGCGCCGGUGUCCGUGGCGGUGGCGCAGAGCCCCUCCGGUCAAUUCAUCCUACCGUCGAACGGCAGUGCCAAACAAGGCGCUCUGGCUACGCACGUCUAAGAGAAAGCGUAGGCGCUAGCGCCACUAACGGCACCUUUCAUGCACGUACACAGCAGCACUCUGUAUACAAUUUGAAGCACCUUGUACUUUAUUCACACGCACGCUACACAAUCGCCGCCGCAAAGACACACUUAGAUGCUGCCGCAGUCGCAGUCAAAACCACGCGUCCUUAAAUGUCAAUGCUACGCACACGCACAUAUGUACGUAUGUAUGUAUGUUUACACAUGUGUAUGUAUGUAUGUGCCACUAUAUGCAUAUAUGUAUAUCUCUAAAGAGUAUGUAUUUAAGACUAUUUACGGGUCGGUUAGCUGUGAGUGACUGACCCGCCCAUAUCAUUAGCGUAUCUGUAGUGUAAAUUUUUAACUGUAAACGUAAAACCUAUUGUAAAUCGCUACUAACUGAUAGAGCAAGCAGAGAUUUUAGUCAAUUAGUGAAAGUUGUAAAGUUUUAACCAUAAAAUUAUGAAAAUACCUACAUUGAAUGUUAGAACUACAGGGGGUGUGUGGAAAAUGUGAAAUAAUAUAAAAAAGAAAAAUAAUAAUAUUAUAUAAAAUAAAAAUUAAAUAUAAUAAAGAAAUUAAAUUUUUGGAUCAAAAAAAUAAAUGUAAUAAUAUUAAAAAAAA